GUCACUCUCCAGCACUACCACGAUUCGAUUGAAACCUUGGGGAUUGAGUGUGGGGAUGAAGCAGAGGCGGCUGAGGUGGCAGACUCUGAGUCCGAGACGUUGCAAAAGGCAGUGACGGCCGGGAGCCACCUUUCCCAGUUCCAAGCAAACCAAGGCGAGGACACAGCGGGCUACAUGGAAAAUAAGUGCGGCGAGGACACCCUGAACUUGAGCUUCUUCGUCGACAAGCUGGUGGCAGCUGACCACUUGCAUGCUGGCAGCGCUUUCCUGAUGAAAGCCUAUUCAUCCAGACUGCACCAAUUAUCGCACAAUCUAGAGUUCCAUGCCAAGGCCGCCUUGGCUUUGCACGAUGAAGCAAAUGGCUUGGCACAUCACUUUGUGGCACACCUGCGUCACCAGGACAAUGCACGCAGGGCCGCGGCCGAGAAAGUUGCUCUGGACAGCCACACUUUGCAUCUGAAGACCUCGGUUCACAAGAUGCUGCAUGAGGCAGCCCGGUCGGAUCUGACCGACAAGCAGCGAGCUCGCCUCAGCAAGCUUGACGAGAAGCACCAUGAAGCCAUACAUGGGGAGAGCAAGGAUUCCAUGUGCGUGAACCAUGCCCAGAGGCUGCAGCAAAUCCCAGACGAUUCGCCGUUGAACAGCCCAGUUGUAAAAGACUACGUGGCUUGCUUGUGUGAGCGCAACGAGCCAUACUUAGUGUGCCAGGCCAAGCAUGGAGCUGCCGUGAACCAGGUCGCACGGCAGAUGGCAGCCCUGUUGGCCAAUGCCUCGCAGUCGCUACGGAUGGACAUGCGGAAGGCUGCUCAGCACAUGAUGGCCCAGUCUUUGCAGCUACCCGAGCCCAUCGAGAAUCUCUCCCAAGUUGCUCUUGCCGAACAACAGAGAAUCGCUUUCGGGAUUUGCAAAAAAGCCUUCGCCUGCAAGAUGUGUGUGGCCGGAGUUUGCUCUGACAAGAAAAAAAUGGAUGUCUCGUUAAUCAGAGCAAUGUUCGGCAGGGGCUUCAUGAAUCAGCCGGCAUGCCUCAGUGGAGACUGCCACUUCUGCACGGCGCUCAACCCUGAUGAGUUUGUUCAGUUCAGGGCGACGCUGGGCUUCAAAGUUGGUGGUCAUGGCAACUGUGAUGAUGCAGCCGGGUUCCUCGCAAGCUUCCAUUUCCACCUGAGCCUCAUUGCUUGCCUGGGGGGACAACUAGGGAACGCCGCUGAAUGGCUGGGCGUAAAAUGCAUGUCUCUCGUUUCAACCCAGUACUACCCUUUCAUCGGCAAGAUGGUGCCGCUUGCGCUCUCCCUAAACGUGGUCGUUGCGCGUGCAAAGCUUUCUACCCAUGUUCCUGUACACGAAUUGUCCGGUGCUGUGCAUGCACAUUGCGAAGGCCAAAAGUAUGAGAAUGAGGAAGCCUGUGCUAGGCUCCUCCCGGCUAUUAACAACAAGGGCUAUCCCAAGUGGAAGCGGGAUGCUUGGAAGUCAAUCGCCUUUUUCAAAGGCUGCUAUUGGAAGCGCGAGGAAACGGCCCCGGAGAAGUGCCUGAGAGAAUUUCAGGAAGCUCGUGGCAAAGGUGGCUUGACGCUGAAAGUUGACAUUGGCGUAAUGUGGUGGUGGGAAAAUGUUUACAAGGACACCUUCCACUGGUGA